AAAAGAAAAAAAAAAUCCCAGAGAAGCUUAUAUUUCUCUGGAAAAAUAAAAUAUGGAUAAAAAUGCGGUGUUACUAUUGGCACAUAAACAGAUAAUCUGCCUUAUUUUUGUUUUUCAAUUAUACGCGAAUUAAGAUUAGUUUCUAUGCACGUACACUCAAGCAGAUGCAAUGAUUUAAAUUUCCUUUCUUUCUUUCCAGUCACUUCUGUGAAUCUCGACAAACUAAAAUCUUCUACAGAUGUGCAGCAGCAUCACGCGGAAGUCCACAUCAUUGGUGACCCUGACCUCGACAAGGAGCUGACCCUAACAGUAGCCACCUCCCAGUUUACCCGCAACUUUCACCUUCGCCGAGUGAAAACCUCAGUUCUGCAUGAUGAUUUCACUUCAUUCACUGUAGUCGCUGUCGACAUCCCAGUACGCUUUGAGGCAGCUCAGGCUGACACUCAAGAAAAAUCCCGACAAUUUUUCUACGACGAGAACUCUGGAGUCGUGGUCAGCAUUGUCAGAAAUGUCCAAGACAACUCGUUGCACGUGAAUGGUUUUCUAGAUUACGAAACAAGAAUAAGUUCGCCAGAAGUACCAACCGCACACUCAGCAGACAACAGGAAGAGAGACACCGGAAGACAGGAAAGUGACAACAGACAUGCGCACACGGUGUGGGAAAGGGAUGCAACUCUGUCACAUCCUGGUAUUCGAAGCAGACAUUUAGAAGACAGUACUGAUGAUAUCGAAGAUGACGAGCGGCUUGAGUAUACAAAUGAUUAUAUUGAAGUCCCACCCAUGUUCAAGAACAAGACACUAUGGCGCAAAGCAGCGCCACCUCACGGCCCCAGGACGACGAAGGUUGCCAGCAACAACAACAACCACGACAGCAACAUUGGCACCAGAGACGACGCUAGAGCAGAGCUCAGGCUCCGCGGGACUCGGCGUGGGAGACGUAAACGACAGGAAGUAGGGGACACGCAGACAGCGCCACCACAGUCCCUCAUUCCUGGCGGGACUUCCGGCAGUGGGAUUACGUCAGUCGCCCGGGGUGCAUCCAACGGUACUUACGUUGUGGAGGUCAUGGUGAUGGUCGACGUAAAGAUGUGUGAAGCGUUCAACUACGAUUCCAGACAACUAGAGGACUACAUUCUUCACUUCUGGCAAGCGGUAAACUUGCGUCUCCAGGCAAUUGUUGAGCCCAGAAUUCAGCUGAAGAUUCGAUCCUACGGAAAAUUUCUCUUUUCAGGGUUCCAGACCUUUAUCGAGAGCAGCAGGAUCCCAGGGUCACGUGAGCGCGUGUCGCUAGAUGAUGUGCUCGAGGGGUUUCGAGCCUGGAUCCAGACCUACGAAAGUAACACGAUGAACCCACCACAUGAUGUGGCCGUGCUCAUGACUGGAGAAACCCUUUGUAAGAAAACCGACAACGGAAGCUGUGUAGACAGUGCUAAAGGUAUCGGGUACAAGGGUGGAGCCUGCAUCACAGCGCGCCGCUUCACGGGUCACUCGUAUGACGUAGGGGUCAUCGAGGUCAACCGCAUCUACAGUGCUGUGCUGACCGCAGCUCACGAGCUGGGGCAUCUGCUGGGCGCGUCUCACGACGGGGAGGGGGACGCAACCUCCUGCAGCAAGAUGUCCAGCUACAUCAUGAGUUAUUCCUGGACCGACGCCUACAGAUUCAACCGGUUCUCCUCCUGUUCUAAGCUCAGCAUUUCCAACUUCCUGAAUCAGGUGUGGUAUUCCGACUGUCUUCGAUGGCGUUGGCAGUGGCUAUCAGUUUCCAAGUCGACUGCCGGGAGCACAACUGUCCCUUGAAGACCAGUGCCGACACUACAACUCGGGCAUUCCGUGUUCAAAGAGGCCUCUAGAAUCUCAGUGCCAGAACCUCUGCUGUGAGAACAUUGUGUCUGUGUCCAUCAGCAAAAUUCCAGCUGCCGAUGGCUCUGUCUGUGGGACAGGAAAGGUGUGCUUUGCCGGGGAGUGCCUCCAGAACAGCAGCUGCCCAGAACCCCUACUGUCUAGGAUAUUUGAAUACCAACAGCACAAUGCUCGGCGGCAGACUCACAGAAAGGCCAUACCUGAAUGAGGGCUGAGGAAGUGACGAGGGUAGUAAUCGGGUGUUAAUGCCUAGCGACAACCACGACAAUUGCGGCAUGAAAACACAGGAAAACCUCCACACUCCGAUCUUCUGAACAAUUCCUCUUGACAACAAGAAAGUGUUUUGUAAAGAGGAAUAGUUCUAGUCAACCUGGGAUGGGAAAUCAUGAAACAACAACAAAAAAGAGUUGGUAACAUGUAAUGACAGGAUCACAGCGAGAGAAAAUGAAAGUGGUAGAAGAAAUAAAUAAAGAUUAUUAAAUGAAGCAGCUUACUUACACAGCAUCUCGUACCAUUAAUUUUUGUUUCUUUUCAAACCUAUGUCAUGGCAUCACUGUAAAAGACAUUGCUAAGCGAGUAAGAGAGACACAUGGACAAAAAUUGUGAAACUAAUUUUGCAGUUAAAGUUUACUGGACAUUUACUGAAACAACCGACAAACUUGCCACUGUGACCACCGUGGUUAAAAAGAAAAACUCCAUUUCUUUUUUAUCUUUUUAUCUUUUUUUAAACAUUUUAACAUCUACCAGGAUGAUAAAUACUGUCCUCGUUUACCGACAAGAAUGUCUAAUUAAUGCUCCUCGUGGUUGUUGCCUGUCAUUAUUAUUUAUCUGCUGCCAACCUCGUUGUUCACAAACACUUUUCUCAGUGUUACCGAGUGUAUACAGGUCACUGUCACUGUGACCUCUUAGUUCUCACAGCAGUGUCCUCAACGAGGAGAUGAAAUUGAGAUGUUAAGAUGCUAACAUUAUUGCUGAUGGUCUGGCUUCUUUAGCCAAGAUGGCAGACAGUCCAGUAAACAGUUGAAAACGACCAUCAAACUCCAUCCAAAUAUUCAAGCAGCGCAUUUUUUUAUAGCAAGAUGUCGAAAGAAUUUUUGCUUAGUAGGUUAUGUCCUCGGGAAAGCAACAAGAUUUAUUUUCAUUGCAGUGUGAAAGCAGUAGAAUGUUAUUCAAAGACUAGAUGCAUAGUAAUGUUUAGGCGCUAGCUGGAUAGCUAACAGGAAGUUAGCCAUGAUGGUUAUAAGUUAACUGACUGCUAGGCUUUUUAGUUAGUGUCCUGGCGGCAUUUUGAGCUCCUGACCACAGGAAGCUAACACAUGGUCCUUCAUUUUAAGAAGUUUUUAAAAAAAAUUCUUUGCUCGAGGGACUGCAUUUAAGUGCAACAAAA